GGGUGCCGGGGGUCUGAGGGGGCUGCGGAGCCCUGAGGGGGGAUCUCGGCCCCGGGCGACGCCGGUGGCUGCCAGAGCUCCCCCCCUUGGCGCCCAGCUGCUCUCGGGGUGCCUCUGCCGCCUCAUAACCUUCAGUUCUUCGGGACUCUGCGCCGUUAUAAAAAUAAUAAAGCUUUUCCCCCCCCGCCCCCCCCCGCUUUAUCUCCAAAAUCUCUGUCAGAGGGGUGUGUGUCUCUGGGUAACUUCCUUCCAGUUUGCCCCUUUUCGGCCAUACCCAAGGGAAACCGCUGGAGAAGCCACCUGGAGAACGUGCUAAAGCCCCUGGCUCCAGGGAAACAGGGAGGAGGCAGCGGUUGUCCAUCAAUUUAAUUCGUGUAGAAAUGAGUUUUUAUAUUUCAAAACUCUCUGUGAGAUACGGCUCUGGAUACUUAAAAAUAAUUAAAGUUUAAACCUGCGUGUCCUUGUGAGCCCUGUGAGGAAUGGUCACACUUUGGAGGCACUAGGCUGCCGUGAGGCAACGAGGAUUUAUUCCUGGUGUUGUCACAGACCGCCAGGGUGACAUUUAUUUCUUAAUGCCUCUUUUUGUUCUCCAUCUGCAAGAUGAUCAUAAGGUUUUUCUGCAGUGGUAGAGCUUAGGGUGAAUUCGCUAGGGCAUAGAAGAUGCUGAAAUAAGCACUGUAGGAAAAUUGAAUAACCAACGUGUUUCAAAGCCUUUUUCUCGAUGGAAGUACAGAUACUGGAAGCAUGUUUUUAUGCUGCCGUUCUUGUAAACUGCUGCUUUGAGUGCUGGUCACUUCAUGCUGGGACAUAAGAUAUGGAAAACCGUGACUUGGUGAAUGCUGUGCAAGAAGUCCCUUCAGCUUCUGUGGACUCUGAUGUAAGAAAUACCCACAGCUCUGUUUGCAAUUUGAAUUGUAACAGAAGUCCCUCGUCCAAUCCCAAUGGGGUUUCUGGUUACUCAGGGAGUAGCAGGUCCCCAUUAAUACCUGGUUCCAUUGAGCUGCUUUCCUCCUUCGUGCGAGAUAUCCAGAACGUUGGAAAUGCUGACUCAGAAAUUGUGAAGAACUGUGAGACAAGGUGGCUGCAGUUAUUGAGACUGGUAGAGAAGCAAUGCCAGGAACAAAUAGUUGCCCAGCAAGAACAGUUCCACCAUCAAAUCCAACUGAUUCAGGAUGAAAUAAGGCAGUUAGUGAAACUGCAGAUCAGCAAUUGGGGUGUUGGCAAGAGCAGAAGUUUGCCUGUGAAGGUUACAGACACUUUUUCGUCAAUAGGAAGUCAAAUGGGGAUGCAAUCUGAAGUCUCUGAAGAAAAUGAAUGCAUUGUCAAUCAGCUUAGAUCUAAUGAAUCAGAAACUCAGCCAAAUGCAUCUGAUCUGUAUCAGGAAUGUUUUGCAAAUGAUGCUUCGAUGAACAGUGGGUAUGGCACCCUUUCUGCCUCUGAACUGAACGCUAGCAAAUCUGAUGACGUUAUCAAGUGCACAGACUGCACGGAGAAAACUUGUCAAGGACAGGGUGAUGCAGCAGUAUUGCAGAGCAAUGCAGCUGUAGCCAGUGUUCAAAAUACAAGAGAACUUUUACCAAAAAAAAUAGAGGAAAACUGCUCAUCAGGAAGGAAUGAUAUUUUAGGUUUUCCUGUUGAAUGUGAACGUGAGGUAAAUGAAGCGCAAUGUGGGAAAAAAAACAGUAAGUCUUUAACAUCAUGGGCACAGAAGUUGAAACAAAACCAACCCAAAAGAAUAAAUGCAGAAGAAGUACAAGUAACCUCUAUGCAAGGAAAUGAGCAAGCAAAGAAAUUACCAUUGGAGAAUGAAAUAAUUCCUGAAACUCUGAAAGGCUCCACCUACAAGAGAAUAGGAGAGCUAGAAAAUAGGAAUCACUUGAUACAAGGCAGGGUCAGUUUUCUUUCCUGUGGUCACUUUGAGGGUGAUCCAGAAACGACAAACUCUACUGACGCUGUUUUGCCACCUUACACUUUUUACCUCAAUCAACCAACUGAAAGCCCAAAUUCCUUAGUGUCCGAAGCUUCAGGACUUUCGUACUGGAAACUAGAUGAACAGGACAUGUAUCACUCUUUACCAGAGAACCUCAGAAGUGAGUUCACUGAUGUUUUCUCCACAAAAGUAUCACCAGAUCAGUCAUCUUCUGCUGAUGAAAUGAAGCUAUCGUCAUUGAAGGAUAUUUAUCAUAAAAGACAGAGAGAAAACAAGCAGCUGCCAGACAUGAAUUUUAUGCCUUCUUCCCAGUCAAGUCACCCACCAGAGAUCUUGACGUUGGACCCAACCCUGCAUAUGAAACCCGGUCAGCAGAAUCCAGGACAUUGCUUUUUCAAUAUUCCUGAAGAGACUACUCCUUUUUCUCCAGACUCUAUGGCAGAACCUGGAUUUUCAAGUCAUUGUGAUACAGACUCUUUUUCACGGACAAGCAAUUCAUCUCAGUGUGAUGAUUCUCCAAAAUAUCCUGCUGGUAGCAGAGCUGUGCAUUUGGACCUCUGGAAAAAUCAUACAAUUCCAAAUGAAAACAAGGCCAGCUGUCCUUUUCCAAUGGCGUAUACCGAUGCUAAUAGUGAUAUUUUACUCAACCCUGAGGAGGAAGAAACAUUAACUCUAACUCCAUCUUCUAUUACUCAGUGUGCUGACAACAGUUUACCAGAAUAUAAUCUUUCAGUGACAUCUGUUGAAGAUCCUGUUAUAAUGUCAAAGAUUAGGCAGAACUUGAGGGAAAAACAUGCUCGACACAUAGCUGAUCUACGAGCUUACUAUGAUGCUGAGAUACAUAGCUUAAAACAGCAGCUAGAGGCAAGCCAGAAAGCUGCUUCUUCUGAAGAUUUGAAGAAAAUCAAUCAAAAUCUUGCUGACAGGUGUGACCAAUUAGAUGCAGCUCUGAAUGAAGCAAGUGCUCGCAUAAAAGCCCUUGAAAAUAAGAAUAAUAUGCUAGAAAAGCAAGUGACAGAUUGGAGAGAACGCUUUUAUGCUGUUAGUAAUACUUCCAAAGUUUUACAGGAACGUAUUGAAGAAAUGCGCACAAAUAAUAAAGAGAAGGAUAACACAAUCAGUAGACUAAAAUCCAGGCUUAAAGAUCUAGAGGAAGCAUUUGAAAAAGCUUAUAAAUUAUCCGAUAAUAAAAAUGCAAGGUUAAAGGAAGAAAAUAAAAUGUUUCAAAACCUUUUAGGAGAAUAUGAGUCCCUUGGAAAAGAACAUGAAAGAGUAAAGGAUACGUUAAAUGCAACUGAAAACAAAUUGCUUGAUGCAAACGCCCAGAUUUCUGAUUUGAAAAGGACAAUUUCAAAACUUGAAGCUCAGCUCAAGCAGGUAGAACAUGAAAAUAUGUUGAAACUUCGCCAUAUUACUGAAAGUCGUUUAAGAACCUCUUGUGCCAACAAGUUGGCAACACCUGAUGUCAGCAGGCGAAAGUGGCUGAUACCAGGAGCAGAGUAUUCAAUCUUCACUGGCCAGCCCUUGGAAGUCCAGGAAAGCCCGAAAGACAACAGACUAGAAGAAACCUAUAUUCCUUCAAGGCACCAUUCUCCUCCUGAAAAGGACUCCUCACAAGAAGACUCUUCAACAAACACAAUUGAAAAGAAGGAAAAUGGGAUGUCAGAAGCACCAAUUAUAAAAGCCUUUAAAGAACUUGAAGAAGGAAAAGCGUUUAAAGAUUGGGGUACACAGACAGAAAAAGAAGACACGUCAGCUAAAACAACAACUCGACGUCAAACAGUUGGAUUUGUUGAAACUUCUUGUGUUGCUAACCUAUCCCCAGAGAAAGGUAAAGACCAACACAGACCAAAACGGUACAGCUCCCCUUGUGGCCAGAGGUCAUCAUCCCUUCCUCCUUCAAACAGGAAAUCGAAUACUCCAACAAGACGAGAGAUAAUGUUGGCGCCAGUGUCUGUGACGUACAGCCCCAAACGAUCUCCAAAAGAAAACCUCUCUCCUGGAUUUAGCCAUUUGCUUAGCAAAAAUGAAAACACGGUGACAAGAUUUGACAUACUUCUAGAUGACCUGGAAACUGGUCCUGCCUCUACUUUACAGCACAAUAAUCCAAGAAAAAGGCUCCAGUUUCUCUCACUAGAUGAUACAGAAGGAAGGCAGCAUUCAGGUGUCAGACAUGGCUCUUGUGCUGAAUCCGUCAAUAUUGGAAUGAAGAAGGCAACAGCAUGGGAUGAGAGGAGCGUAGCGCAGAACUAUGAGCCAUUGCUGUCACCUUGUGAGGGAGACUUCAAGUAUGCACCGAGGAUUAAGACUCUGGCUGAAACGGAGAGGCUUUUUGAUGAGCUGACUCAAGAAAAGCAACAGAUUGAGGCUGCAUUGAGUCGAAUUCCUUGUUCUGCUGGAAGAAUGACUUUGCAAGCAAGAUUAAAUCAGGAAGCCCUGGAAGAUCGCUUGGAAAGGAUUAACAGGGAUUUGGGAUCAAUACGCAUGACUCUGAAAAGAUUUCAUGUUUUACGUACCUCUGCAAAUCUUUGACAAUUCACUCUUGAAUUCAAAUAAGCUUUUUUUUGCACUAAUAUAUAAUUAUGCACUCAGUAAAUGCAGAAUUGUUUUGUAUUUUUAUAAACCCUAAAUAGUAGUUUUACAACUAUGUUACCCUUUACACACAGCAAUAUUUUGUACUUCAAACAGCCGCCUAUAUUUUAAACAUAUUUUUGUUACUGUUGAGGAAUCGAUGUUUAUCCUGUAUUGUAAUAUUUUUAGAAAUAUUAAUUAUUUUUAAAUAAUGAUAUUCAGUGUAUAAUAAGAAGAAACUAAAAGGCAGCUUGUUUUUGGAAAAUGACCGUGUUAUCUUUUUUGCACUUCAUUUUCCUCACCAUUUUAUAAAUAUCUAUGCUAUGUUGUAAAUAUAGCUAAUAGUAAAUUUUGAAUUUUCAUACAAAAGGCAACAUGAAUUACCAGUGUUAGAUAACCACUGCUGUAUAGUAAAUCCUUUUAAUUUAAGUCUUAUAACUUGGAUAUUUUUCAUUGUGACAAAAAACUGUGAGGAAUACUUUCAUUAUGGCUGGUUGGCUGCAAAUUGGUAUAUGUUUUGCUGGUUUGGCCGCCUCUGGCUAUGUUUGUAAAAUACUGCUCUAAAUUAUUUGGUGUCUCCCAACAGUUCAGGGAGUAAUACUUUGAUAUCACGAGGACCGGGAUUAAUGAGACUGACAGCGGCCAGCUUGUCUCCCAAUGAGCAGCUCAACUCCAGCCGACACCCCAGGACCUGUAGCUACCCAGCCGAAGCUCCUGUUUUAAUAUGCUAGUUAGGGGUUUUGUGCCACGCCAGUGUUCUGACCGCAGUUAUAAGCACGCAUUUCCAAAUGAAAUCCAAGCUAUUUUUGUGAACAUACAUGCAUUUUUCUUGGUGAAAAAUAUGUACUUGCUAGUUGGCAUGUUGUUGAAUUACUGUUCAACAUUGAUAUUUUCGUUUGCAUUUUAAUAUUAAAUAAAUGUUUAAUUAGAUUCUUUCCUCUAGCCCAAGAACAAUAAUAGGUUCUGGGAUAUUACAUCAGCGAUAAUGUAGGUUUUAAUCAUAUUGUGUGUUUCAAAUUCUGUCCUUGUUCAAGAUGUUUAGCCACCAAUUAUGUGAUUAUUUUGCAGUGGAAAGGCCAGAAUAGCUGUCAUAAAGGAAGCUUGUGAAGGUCUGUUUCUAAAAUUAGAGUGCUUUUGUUUUAAGAUAUUUAAUGAAGAACUGUCCUACCCAUGCACAGUCUUUUUAUUUUUUUUAUAUAAAGUGUUUUGUGCCUCCA